AUGAUGCUCCGACCAAAGUCAUGUCCUUUUAUACUUCUUGCCAAACCCAGAAGGGCACACUACACCACAUCCGUCACGCAUGGGUCACCCCCGCUCAUCCACAUCCCAAAAUCCAAGGUAUAUCGUUUCGGAGACCCAAAUAACGCCCGACCUAUUUUCCAUGACCUCGAUUGGACAGUACGCGAAGGAGAAUCAUGGGCCGUCGUAGGCUCAGGGUCAGGCGAGAAGACGGCUUUAUUGGAGACUCUCAUAGGGCAUUACCGUGUCGCACCCUCUCCUCCCGGUGGCCCGUUCCCUCUUUUCACAUCCCAAAACUUAGAGUCGACUCGUCCAUUGCACGAACUUGUAACGCUAGUGAGCUUCGCUCAUCGACCAAGAGCAUCAGGUGGCGCUUUCUACGACUAUACCGCGCGCUAUGGAGCUGUCCGCGAAGAAGAUCGGGUCACACUCCGUCAGAGUAUGUUUCCUGAACACUCCACCAGCAAUCCCGAUCAUCCUCCACUCUACUCUAUCGAAGAAACAUCGAAGUCGUCCAAGGACGGGAUGGCAGAGAAAAAAAAGCAGGUGGAGAGGCAGAAGAAGUUCGAGGAGUGGGUCAGCAAGUUGGGAUUAGAGCAGUUCUUGGAUCUUCCGUUCAUUGCGUUGAGUAAUGGACAGACGAGGAGAGCGAGGAUUGUUAAGGCGUUGCUGGAUAGUCCGGAGUUGUUGUUGUUAGACGAGCCUUUGACUGGAUUGGAUAUCGACACGCGGCCCAUGCUCCUAGAAAUGCUUCAUGCUCUACACGAGUCACGAAAUCCGCGCGUCAUCAUGGGCCUGCGGUUGCAGGACCCUAUUCCGGAAUGGGUAUCUCACCUUGCGUUGGUGAGGAGUGGAAAGGUUACUGCUGGACCGAAGGCGGAUAUACUGGUAGAAACCGAAGAAGCGAGGCAUCAGGAGAAGGAGAAGAACUAUGCUGUUGGAAUGUCUGGUGCAACAAAAGGCGAAGGGCGGGCGCUGAUAGAAAUGAAGGACGUGAAUGUGAAGUAUCACGAGCGCCACGUCUUGAAAAACAUCAACUGGACGAUCCGCACCGGUGACCGGUGGCACCUCCAAGGUGCAAACGGCUCCGGAAAAACCACCCUCUGCUCCCUCCUCACCGGUGAUCAUCCUCAAUCCUACACUCAACGCUCUCCGUCCAUCUUCUCCCUCUUCGGCUCCCCAAGACGCUCUCACGCCCUCACGAUCCUCCGCACCCGUAUCGGCGUCGUUUCUCCCGAACUGUAUAAUGCUUGGCCGCGAGCGAGACCGAUGACGGUAUGGGAGGCUGUUGGCACCGGGUUCGACGGAGGGUUCGUCCCAUUGGGUGAUAUGGGCUUGGGAGUAGGGUUGAACGGAGUAUUGAAUACAGAGGAAAGGGCAUGGAGAGAAGGGAGGGUGAGGGAAGUUCUAGAGGGCCUUGGGCCACAUACUUGGGGAUCUGUUCCAGAAGCGAGUCAAGCUACUGACGCGAAGGCAUCGGAAACGAAGUUCGAACACAAACUGUUCUCGAGUUUGUCGGCAGGUGAACAGAGCGUCGUGCUCCUUAUGCGGGCUCUGGUAGGCCGACCGGAAUUGGUGCUCUUGGAUGAGGUAUGGGCGGGGAUGGACGAGGGCAUGAUCGAGGCUGCGAGGCGGUAUCUGAGGGAGGGUGGAGGCGUAGGUGCAGAGCAGGGUGUUGUUGUGAUUAGCCAUUGGGAGGAUGAGGUUCCGUGGGGCGUUGAGGAUGGCGUGAGAAGAUUUAGGCUGGAGGAUGGUGCUGGGAGAGAGGCUUAG